AUGAUGAACUUCUCAAACACCCAGGUGGAGAUUUUGAGAAUUCGAUCGGCGGUGGCUGAGUCAGGAGACAAACUGAAGGAGAUCCCAUUCCACCACCGCAACCGAAAAGUCACACUUCCAGACCCUGCCAACAAUAGAGCGAAGAGUCGGCAGCAAGGGAAGAGGACUGCAGAGUCGUCCGAUCAGGGUUUGGUCAAGACACUGUGCACCUACAGCAACGUCGGCAUUGUUGAACUGAACAGCUGCCAUCAGGACGAGACGAAGAUCGACAAAUCGAUAACUGGAAAGGAGGAGCAAGAUUGA